AGCAAAUGACCUCUGUACAAGCAAAUUAUUUCUAGGUACUAUUGAAACGGGCCGCCAAAACUGACUUUUCUGCGAGACAAUGGAAUUCCAACUCACACACCCACUUCCUUCCAAAACGACUGAAUAGACUGGUACUACUACGCCUCCUCUAUUUUCUAAUUCAAUCAUAGAGAGGAAAUCAAAAGGCAUCUGGUUUAGAAGAUACAACUAGCUGAUGAUCCAGAAUUGAAGCUUUUAACAACAAGUUCUACUAGUUUUUGGAGAUAAAAGAUGUCUGAACAAAAGUUCAAUAAUAUCUCAAUUCCGAUUGACAAUAUUGAACUUUUUCCUUCAUUUCGUACAUCCUUGAAGUCACGCAUCUUUAAAGUCGAUGAUCUACUACGCAGAGUAAAUGAGAAGGCAUACGAGCCAGUAAUGCUGGCCAUUGGACCUUACCACCAUGGCAAAGAGAAUUUAAUAAUGAUGAAAGAACAUAAAUCUCGAUACCUACAAGAACUUCUUAAUCGAAGAAAUGAGCCGAGUGGGGAAAUAUUCCUUAGGAAGUUAAGAGCGAAGUUAAAAACACUCGAAGAAAGAGUUCGUAGAUGUUAUGCAGAAGACAUCAAACCAAACCAAGAUGAAUUGGUGGAAAUGAUGCUUCUUGAUGGUUGCUUUAUCAUUGAAUUAUUCCGCAAGUUUAAUAUGAAAGAACUAGUAAUCGAAGAUGACCCUAUCUUCAAAAUGGAUAGGAUGAUAUAUAUUUUACAACGUGAUCUGCUUUUAUUUGAAAAUCAACUGCCAUUCUUUAUUCUCGUUGAGCUGUUCGACAUGACCAAGCUUCCUGAUGAUGAGAUGGACAUAGUUCACAUGGCCUUAAGCUUUAUAAGCUUACCAUACAGUUGUUUGAGAACCGAUCUGUCAUCAGAUAAUGUUGAUCAUCUACUGGACCUUGUACAUCAAAGUUUGACUCCUCCUUUGGACAUGGUGUCCUAUGAAAAUGAUCCAUAUUAUCUAAGAUAUAAAGGGCAAUUCAUAGGAUGUACCAUAAAGCUCCAAAGAGAAGGGGUACUUUUCGAAAAAGCAGGGGAUAAUGUCUCACUGUUUAAUAUAAGGUUCGAAGAUGGGGUUAUGAAAAUCCCGCCACUGAUGGUUGACGUUCAAACAGAGUGCCUUUUCAGAAAUCUUAUUGCACACGAGCAAUAUCACCAAAAUCUUCAUGAAAAAUAUGUCACAGAUUAUGCCACUUUGAUGGAUUGCCUGGUUGAUACUGAAAAGGAUGCUGAACAACUGUGCAACUACAAAGUCCUUGAAAACAGGCUAGCCAGUGAUGAAGCAAUGUCGGACAUGUUCAACAAGCUCUGCUCUAGUGUCACCAUCAAUCCUAAAAGUUUCUGCUAUUCCGGAAUUUUCAAGAAAGUGAAUGAUUACUGUACAUCACCUUCUGGAAAAAGAGCGUGGAGAAGUUACAAGGGAGAACUGUGGUAUCAUCUGAGAAACCCAAUGACUCUCCUCAAUCUUCAAAUUUCUAUUAUGACACUUCUAUUUGCAGUCAUUCAAAUUAUAGUUCCUCUUUGUAUAAAAAAGUAGAACCUUUUUGUUUCCUCUUUCAGUAAACAAUUCAAUUUCUAAAUAAAAUUUAUGUCAUAA